UUAAACCUUCAUCUUUGUGUUUCAGGUUUUGAGAACUUUGAGCAGCUUCUUGCUGGAGCUCACUGGAUGGACAAUCAUUUCCGCAGCGCCCCUCUGGAGCAGAACCUGCCCGUCCUGCUGGCCAUUCUGGGCGUCUGGUACAUCAACUUCUUCCAGGCGGAGACUCACGCCAUGCUGCCCUACGACCAGUACAUGCAUCGCUUCGCUGCGUACUUCCAGCAGGGUGACAUGGAGUCCAACGGGAAGUACAUCACCAAAGAUGGCACCCGUGUCAACUACCACACCGGACCAAUCGUUUGGGGUGAGCCCGGGACCAACGGCCAGCACGCCUUCUACCAGCUCAUCCACCAAGGCACUCGUAUGAUUCCUGCCGACUUCCUCAUUCCUGCUCAGACACAGCAUCCAAUCAGGAACAACCUUCACCACAAGAUCCUGGCGGCGAACUUCCUGGCCCAGACAGAAGCUCUGAUGAAGGGUAAAACUUCAGACGAGGCUCGUAAGGAGCUGGAAGCCGGCGGCAUGAAAGGAGAAGCUCUGGACAAGCUGCUGCCACACAAAGUAUUCGAAGGAAACAAGCCAAGCAACUCCAUUGUAUUCAAGAAGCUGAGUCCGUUCAUGCUGGGAGCUCUGGUUGCCAUGUACGAACACAAGAUCUUCGUUCAGGGCACCAUGUGGGACAUCAACAGCUACGAUCAGUGGGGUGUUGAACUGGGAAAGCAGCUGGCCAAGAAGAUCGAGCCGGAGCUGCAGGACGACUCUGAGGUCACCUCUCACGACUCCUCCACCAACGGCCUCAUCAGCUUCCUGAAGAAGAACUUCGCCUGAAUCCUCCUCGUCUUCCUCCUUCCUCUUCCUCACCAUGUACUCCUCAUCGGCUGAAUCCUCCACAGUCCUGUCCUCUGUCUGACCCGCGCGAACGAGCACUUUAAUGUUUGUGAUGUUGUGUUGAAUCUGUGUGAGACUCGACUUUACAUGUAGACGUGUUUAAUUUGGAAAGGGAAUCAGUUGCUUUUAUGUGGGAGGGCAGAGAAUCGUCCCUCUAAAACGUGCAGAUAUUGCUGUAGGUGACAACACACACUUCACAUAGUCAGCACUGACUUUGAAAUAAAGUCCUGUUUGUCACUGAA